AGAGCACCCACCUGCCCCUGCCGGAGGAGGAAGAGCUCUCACCUGCCCCUGCCGGAGGAGGCGCACCCACCUGGCCCUGCUGAGGAGGCACACCCUUUGCCACUGCUGGCGAAGGAGCACACACCUGGCCCUGCUGGAGGAGGCACACCCAUCUGCGCCUGCUGGAGGAAGAGCAUCCACCUGCCCCUGCCGGAGGAGGCGCACCCCUGCCCCUGCUGGAGGAAAAGCAACCACCUAGCCCUGCCGGAGGAGGCGCACCCCCUGCCCCUGCUAAUGGAAGCGCACCCAUCUGGCCCUGACUGCUGGAGAUCCGGAAUUGGAGGAAGGAGAAAGAGCACCUACCUCGCCAUGGCCCUGCUGGAGGAGACGCACCCACCCACCUGGCCCUGCUGGAGGACACGCACCCACCCACCUGGCCCUGCUGGCCCACCUUGCCCUGCUGGAGGAGGCGCACCCACCUUACACUGCAGGAGGAGGCGGCGCACCCACCUGGCCCUGGCUGCUGGAGGAAGAGCACCCACCUGCCCCUGCCGGAGGAGGAAGAGCUCUCACCUGCCCCUGCCGGAGGAGGCGCACCCACCUGGCCCUGCUGAGGAGGCACACCCUUUGCCACUGCUGGCGAAGGAGCACACACCUGGCCCUGCUGGAGGAGGCACACCCAUCUGCGCCUGCUGGAGGAAGAGCAUCCACCUGCCCCUGCCGGAGGAGGCGCACCCCUGCCCCUGCUAAUGGAAGCGCACCCAUCUGGCCCUGACUGCUGGAGAUCCGGAAUUGGAGGAAGGAGAAAGAGCACCUACCUCGC